UUUGCUUUGCUUUGCUUCCGGGAUGCGUUUUGGUUGCGUGCAGGUCGAUCGAGGCGACUAUUCGGGCAGCUGCGGGCGGGGAGGAGGCGAGAAUUUGUGGUUAUGGAGGGGGAUUUUGGAUGGGAGAGGCGAAGGUCAUGGAAAUUCUAGGGUGUUUAUGGAGGGUUGAGGCUUUGGCGAUGGUGGCUGGAGCGGUGCACGUUUCGAUGUAGCCCGCCAUUGCGGCCGUUUUCUGGGAUUGCUGGGAGUGCGGUGCAGGGCUGUGGCUUGUGAGCGUGCGGAAGACGCAUUUGAUCAUACUUCGGCUUGAGUUGGAGUGAGAAAGAGCGAGAGUAACGAUCGGGUCGUGUUGUGUUCUUUUUUCUUUUUUCUUUUUUUGUGUCUGCGAGAGAGCGAGGGAGAGAGAUCGUAUUGGUUGGAGUGGAAGAGCUUCAGCAAGUGGGUGAUGGGAGGGGGAGCGAUGUGGAGGAGUAUAAUCCGCGUCGUGGGAUCAGGACCUACGUCAGCCGCUACCAAUGCCGCGAUGUGCAGGAUGUGUACUACGACGCCCUCGCUGAAAGCUCCCACGUCUGCUCGUAUUACUUGCGAUUGCCCAUCGGAGGUCCAUUCGCCCGGGAGCACGACUGAUUCGGGCUUUAAGCAGUAUUUGGACAUCGAAGAUUGGGAAUUUGCUGGAGACGAGGACUAUUUGGUUUUUGGGACCUUGCCCACCCAGGGAGAAGUGGAGGAGGCAACUUCCGACCUGCAGCAUGCAUUGCAGAUAGGAUUGUUCACAAACAGAAGUUCAAAUCCUUUGGAGUCAUCUUUGGCAAGGGCAGGAUCCAGUGGUAAGGAGAAGGAUGGCGCUGUGUCUCGUGAUCCGAAAGUAGAUGGGGAGGACGCUGGUUAUCAUGUCGUGGAUGCAGUUGCUGACGACUGGCUGGAACCAUCUGUUGCUCUGGCCUCCUCAUCCAAGGGCAAGGAAGUUGCUGGCAGUGGUGGAAAAAGUGCAAUGCUGGAGGCUUUUCAUCAGUUCCAGCACAACCCGCAGAUUCAGCAAAUGGUAGUUUCCUUGGCCACCGACAAGGGAGUAUGGGAUGCUGUGUUGGCUAACGAUCAAAUCAAAGAAUUUAGGAAGAAGCUUCGUGAAGCCCCUGAGAUGAUAGAAAACAGCAGCGAUUCGACUAUAGAAGAGGUCUCGAAGUGUCUUAAGGAAGACAACAACAUAUUUUCUCACGUCUACUGGAAUACCAAGAAAGCGUUUGCUCAUUUUAUGGCUACCUUGCAGGAGCUCAUACGGGGAAUCCUCGUUACUGCAGAAGAAAAAUUUCAGCCUACCGAGACUGAUGAUUUUUUCGAUCGCACAGUGAGGGCAACCAUGAUGCUUUCUGUACUGGUAAUGUCACUGGUAGUGUUCAAGAGGUCGGCUGCGCGUUCCUCUUGAACUUAUCCCAUACAUAUUCGUCGACGACAUUCAAAUGCGGCUUUUGUAAAUAGUUUUAUUUUUAUUUUGACUUGGUACGGUAACAUUUUUUUAGCUUGAAGAAUAAGCACUCGACCCAGCUCAGGUUCUGAUCGAAGGUUAGGUUGCCCAGUACACUCUUUAGCACUUGUUCCGAUGCCCCUGCAGACAUGGAGAGAGAGCUGGAGCGAGCAUUUCUAUAUUGGUCCUUCGUUUUUAAUCAAGAAAAGGUAAAGGUUUUGAUAUUUAAAGCGUGUGAAAACAUGUGGGUUUUACAAUGGUGACAGUAUACAGGAAGAUUUGUGGUUAAGUUCGGCACCAUUUAGAUCUCAUCGCAGUGAACGAUGGGGGAUGUUUUGCCUUGCGUAUGUAAUAUCCAUUCAAUCUCAACGAAACUAUAAUUGUGAAUACUGGGAAUAUCAGAUAUUUAUUUGGA